GCCACUAUUCACUGCAAGCACAUGUUAUGGAAGGAGGGGCCUUAAACUGAAGCAGACCAAACCAGGCAACCCUGAAUAACCCAAACCUGAUUUGUCUCUGGCACGAGUCUUCUUUACCGACCUGGAUGAAAUGCCUUGACCUCACUUCUGCCGCACCAUGGCGGGUUUAGUCUCCUCUGUGGGUUUGGUGCUGAUGCUCAAGGCUCUUGUGCGAGGCCAUGGCCAGAGGGCUGUGUUCCUGGGGAUGACGGUGUUGGUAACACUGAUCGUGGCUGACUCACCGGUUGCAGAUGAGUCUCUGUUAGACUCACCACACCACGCCACGGGACUUCUUGGAGAGGUUACAAGUUCAGGAUUACCGCCAUCUCAUUCACCACCCUCAUAUCACACUGCCUUUGAGAGCCUCGACUCACCUGGCGAACCCACCCAUGAAGCUGGGGCUGCUGACAUUCUCUUUCCGUGGCGGCAUGUUCCUUCUGAAAACUCCAACUCCUUCACGCCAAGUGACUUCCCUGCAAAAGAACCACAUCCCCUUCCCACUCCAUCAUUAAGCCCCUCUGAACAUGCACUGGGGUCUAGUCCGCAACUUGAGGCACCGGCUAAUCCCCCCCCAGACUGGAGGCUGGCCAGGAUAAAUUCUGCCAAGCAAUCUUCCUCUCUCCCUCCAACUCUUACAAGACCUCAGCUACAGCCUCAGUCAAAUAUAUCCUUAACACCAUUAAACCAAACAACAUCUCAGCUCAGCCUUAAUUCUGAGCAGAAGGCUCUAGAUGCAACUCUCACGGCUCUCACCAAGGAGCAGGGUGGUGCUUCAGAGCAAACCCCGACAAUCAUGAGCUCACAGCCUGGUCAGCCUCUUGAGCCCCCUAAUCUGGCUUUCACUGACUUCCAGGCAGAUGAAUCUUACAGUAAAAUCUUUGAUGUGACCCCGCUGAGCCCCAGCCGUGCCCCCUUGCAAGAGAACAAACCAGCUCAUGGCGUAAAUAUGCGACCUGACUCAAAUGAGUUUCUGGCCCCUGGCUACAAUGUGCCUUUCAUUGCCCCCCAACUUACAUCACCUUUGUCUGAGCCCACUGAGGUCCCUCCAGAGGAGUUCUACCCCACCAACACCAUGGACUUCGCCUGGGGGUCCGGCGACUACUUGGAGACAAUGUCAUUCCUAAAUGCAGAUGGAGAUGACUACUCUAUGGUCACCAAGGUGCCCAUUGACUCGUAUGAUGUAGAGGACUAUACAGAAACUUACGACACCUCUUUCCCUUCCAGAGUGGGCAUUUCUCCUUCUUCUUUGAAUCCCCUUCACAUCUCACCUUCUCCCAGCCUUGUGACAACAUACAGUACCAUUGUUCCUCUGAAAUCCAUCCAUCCUUCCUCUUCUUCCUCCACAAUUCACUUUACACUGGAACCUACACCCACAGCUAACAGUGAUAUACCUGAUGCCUCGGACAUAGAUUGGCCUGAUACUUACACAAUCCAACCAACAGAUGUCCUCUUACCCGACAUGAACAGCCUGGAGUAUUACACCAUUCAGUUGACUAAGGAGAACAGUGGUUCAGGCACUGGAGCUGAACACAGAGGGAAUGUUACCGUAGUGUCUAUUACUGCUACAGACGUCACACCCAGCGGCAGCUCCACCAAUGAUACCAAACUGACUGAGGAAGAGUCGUCCAGUGAUCUGUCAGGGUUUGAGCCUCAUCAUGAAUCAACUACAGAAGUAACCACAGAGCAGAGUCCUCAGCUGGUCAAUGCCUCUGAGCCUUUUCUGGAUCUGUCAGUAGCCCCAAGCCACUACUUUGAUCUCUCUCCUUCCCUCUGGGGUGGUAAGGUAUCCACCACAGACUGGUCUGCACCUACAGUUGGCCUGGACAGCACUGUACUAACAGAAGCUAUACUACCCAGUGCCACGUCCUUGCUGUCAGAUUAUGUAUUAUCUUCCUCCUCUAUGCAAGAUGUCCAUUGGUUUGCUACAGAGGAACUCGUACAAAGUACCAUACACACCACUCCUGCGUUUACGUCAACCAUAGCCUUCUCUCCUGGUUCAACUGAACCUGUUGCCAACACAACUGCUAGUGCAACCGGCUCUACUCCCCAACUCUCGGCUUUCACAACUGAACCAACUCAUGAUACCAGUGUUGUUUCAACCAAACCCACCACGAAUGUCACUAGCGGCCCCCCAGUCAUCCUGGGUGAUCAGGGGGUGGAAGAUGAAGUUGACAACCCAGCCACAAUGACCUUGAUCCCGAUUAGCAGUGAAGCUAAUACGGUGGCUGCUGUACCCACAACUACAACUGCCACCAUGAAUUCUCAUCAACCCACAACUAAAAUCACUGCCACCACUAAAGCCUCAACUAGCAUCAGCGUCAUCUCUACGACAAGUGGAAAGACCACAUCUACAGCUCCGACAUCAAGACAAUAUCUCUGCAAUGUUGACAAUACUGCUUACUUAGUCAAAAUUGGUUUUCCCUCUGGGGCCACUGUUGGCUAUGCCAAAUCUCAAAUCAGAGACAUACUGAAAGUAGAAUUCAACAAGUCUGUGGAGCUGCAGGUUGUGGACCCACCACCAAAGUUUAUGUUUCGGGUGGUGUCUGGCCCAGUUGUGUACACAGCCAUAUCUGUCAUCAACACUCUGCGAAGGUCUGGCCGCCGCUUCCUGUCUGUGUCUCCCAACUGGACAACACCAGAUAAUAAGUAUCAAGUCCACACAGUGCUGCAGUUUGUUCCCAGUCACAUUGAUGUGCGGUUCUGCAACUUCAGCGAGAGCAUUACAAAAGGUCUGACCAUGGCCUUUGCAGAAUUGCGUCGCCGCUCAAAGGAGUCGACAAACUUCACAGUGCACAUUGUAAACAUAACCAUGGAUGCUCCAAAAUACCAGGAGCAGCGGCUAGUGAGGCAGCCGGUGGACAUUACCUUCACCGUGCGUGGUUCUAGGGGUUAUCUGAUGGGGUCCGAGGUCAGCAACGCUCUGAUGAAGCUCACCAUGGUGGAAUUCAGCUAUUACAUGGGCUUUCCUGUGCUGCAGAUUGCUGAGCCUUUCCAUUAUCCAGAGCUGAACACCAGCCAAGUGCUUCGCUCCUCCUGGGUUAAAACAGUGCUCUUGGGUGUACUUGACCAGAAAGUGGAAGAAAGAACUUUCCAAGCCUACAUGGAGCGUCGAGUGGCCAUGUUACUAGGGGAGGCGAUGGGACAAGCCAGACGUGUUAGGAGAGCCACCUCCAUAGGCAACAGCAGCGUGCAGGUUGUAAGCGCGAGCCGGCUGCAGGGUGAGGACCACCCCUUGGAGAUAGUGUAUUUUGUGGAGGGUCCCAGUGGUCAGAGAGUUCCUGCGGUCCAAACAGCCGGCCUACUCAACAACCUGGAUGUUCAAAGGGCGGCCAUCGUCUUGGGAUAUCGUGUCCAGGGUGUUUUGGCACAGCCGGUAGAGAAAGUGACGGCUUCCCCCUCCGACAAAGAGAACACCAACAUGUGGAUCAUCAUCGGGGUGGUGAUUCCCCUCCUCGUCGUCAUCGUCAUCAUUUCAAUCCUCUACUGGAAACUGUGUCGUACAGACAAGCUGGAAUUCCAGCCAGACGCCAUGACCUCCAUCCAGCAGCAGAGACAGAAGUCUACUACGUCAUUCAGCGAGUCCAGGAGUCUUCAGCACACCCUCCCUCCAGUGAAACAGGAUGUAGAGUUUAGUGAGGAGGAGGGGGAGUAUGAGGAGGAAGAGGAAGAAGAGGAGGAGGAGGAAGAGAAGGAGGUUAAAAGGGGGAAGAGUCCAGUAGCUCUUUCCAAGAGCAAAAACAAUAUGAGCAGUGAAGAGGAGGAGGAGGAAGAAGAAGAGGAAGAGGAGGAGGAAGAAGAAGAAGAAGAGGAAGAGGAGGAGGAGGAAGAAGAAGAGGAGGAGGAGGAGGAGGAAGAAGAAGAAGAAGAAGAUGAGGACCAAGAUGAGGAAAAGGAGAAAAUGAAAAAGAAAGGAAUUAAACCAGAGGAGCCAAAAAGACAAGAGAGCAGAGCAAUGCCGAAGAGAACAGGGGGGAUGAAGAAAGAUGAGAAAAAGAAAGUGUUGUCUAAAGGACGGGGAGCCAAAGAGGAGUUGCAGGCUCCCAGUGUAAAAGGCUUCGACUUUGCCAAGCUGCACUUUGGCCAGCCGAGUAAGGAUGAUGUCAUGGUGAUCCAGGAGCCCAUGCCGUCAGGGCCUGGCCCCGGGUCCCUCCCCAUGUCCAUUAAAGACGGCUUCAGUCCCUCUGAGAACGGAGAGAUCCCCACGCCCAUAUCCAAACACUCAGCCUCCUCCACCAAGGCGUCCCGCAGCGGCCGAAGACGAGAAAGAAUCUCUCCAUCAGACGGUGACUCGGUGGUAAGUGACCAUUCCAGUGUGCAGGAAUCAACUGAGGAGAACCUGAGAGGCCACGCCACGCCCAGCGACGGCAAGCAGACCCGCAAGGUCCCCAUCAAUGUUUUAAAUGGCAAGAAUAGAAUCGGUCCUCCACCCAUAAACGGUACGAGCGAGAAGCUGUCAUCAGCCGCCAUCUUUGAACACGUCGAUCGAAUGUCUCGCGCCACCGACUCGAGCAGAAGGCUCCCCAAUAAAGUGCAGCUUAUCGCCAUGCAGCCCAUACCUGUCCCACCGCUGCACAGCCCACCUGUCAACGGCAAACUGUCAGGCUCCAACCAAAUCGACAAAGAGAUCCAGGUAGCAUUGAGGCACAAGUCAGAAAUCGAGCACCACCGCAACAAAAUUCGUCUGCGGGCCAAGAGGAAGGGCCACUACGACUUCCCCACCAUGGACGAAGUGAACGGUAGCCCCACAGACCAGGAUCACAUCUAUCACAAAGCCCAGAUGCAGAUUGAUAAGAUUCUGGAUCCGGACACUCAGAUGCCCUCCAUCUUCAUGGAAUCCAAGAAAAGUGGUCGAGGGCGGCGCUCUCCCAAACAGAGGAUGAAGGAUCAGCUGAACGGAGGCAUGAUGGACGCGGACAAAGACCACCUGAUCACUGAAGACAGUGAUGCUGCUUACAGAAAGUGUCCAGGGGUCAACAAUGUGGCUUACGUAUCGGACCCCGACCAAGGCCCACUGUCCCCUUACGGGAGCCCCUCCCCCACCGACGAUGUCUUCAUGGGUCCCGCCUCCUCUCCUCCAGGUCACGCACCUCCCCCACCGCCCUACAUGCCUCCGCAGCCCUCCAUCGAGGAGGCGCGGCAGCAGAUGCACUCGCUGCUGGACGAUGCCUUCGCCCUCGUGUCGCCCACGUCUCAGGGCAGCACGGCAGGCAUCACUCUCCCAGGGGUCAACAGCAACCCCCCUAGCUCCAGCCCUCCAGCCCGGGGCCCCAGGCCUUGGGGGCCCUCUUACCAACCUCUUAACCCUUUCCCUAAUAGGUUCACCGAGCUGGCUCUGUCCCCUCCUCCAGCCCAAGGCCUGACACCAAGGCAGGGCCUUGGCUCCAGCUACCUGCCACCAGGAGAACCAGCAGGCCUCAGCGAGCAGUUCCAGUCAGACAGCCUGUACUCCAGCAGGGGGCUGUACGCUGAUGAGCUCCCCUCGUCUGCAAGACCCAGACCAGUGGGGGGAACUACUGGCGCCCAGCUCCAUCAUCUCACACAAGUGGGACUGUCCAGUCGGCUCAACGGUUACCCAGGAGGGGUCCGAGCUGCUCCGGGCCAGAAUGGAGGCAUCGGCUGGAACCACUACCACGAUGACAACUACUCCAGAGCGAAGGCUGAAAAAGACGCAUUCCUGGACUGUCCUGACUACUCAUGCUCCCCUAUCUUCCAGAUGCCUAGAGGUGGUAUGAGGGAGCCCUCGGCGCCCCCGGCCCUCCUGGAUCCCCCUGUGAGCGGCUACAUGUCAGCCCCACCGCCCCUGGAUACAUGUCCUCCCACCCACUCCUCUGCCUCCCUGAUCAAGGCCAUCAGGGAGGAGCUGUUGCGUCUCUCCCAGAAACAGGCAGCUAUGCCCGGCUACCACAGCUGAAGACCCGGCCUUCUGUUGCCGUAGCUCUAACCAGUCAUGCCACUGACCCUGCCUGCCUGCUUCGCCUAAUCCGACAAUGCUUCCCAUGGAAGUCCCUGAGGGUGUACAGCAGAGAGAUCCAGUCCUGCUAACGUCGAGAGGGGGCCUCGCUUCUGAGUGAAGAGGCCGCUCUCGUGAAAAAAACUGACUGACAGGAUGUUUGACACAGAAUCAGCUGCGGUGUCAAAUGAGAGACAGUGUUAUGAAACGAGGAACAAUUUGAACAGUAUUCUUUAGAUGCCGGGACGAGAGGACGUAUAUAUUUCUGUGGAUCAGGGGAAGGAUCCCAGCCGAGUUCUGGCUGCUAUGGAUCCACAUGAAGGACUUUAACUUAGACUUUAACUUAGACUUUAACUUUCAGACUCAGUAUUCUGUGUCGUGGUUUCAUUCCCAUGCUGCCUUCACUUAACAGACAAACCCUACAUGAAAACCUUUGAUCGUGUCACUUUACCUGCCCUACAGGUAUCUGUUGUUUUCCAUCACAGGCCCUUAACCUCCUUCUAACCAUCAGGUGCUACUUCAUGUUUUCUGCCAUGAUGAGCCAAUGCCUUGACAAUGUGACGUAGCUCCCCCCCCGACCCGGUCUACUGUACGAGGCUACAGUAAAGGUCAAAGUUCACAGGAGCCGGUUCAGACAGUAGGCACAGAGAAGCAUCCGCAGAGACUAAUAACAUUAACACUACCUACUCAUCCCUUACUUAACUGAAGUAGCACAGAUUUAUUCUGGGUUAGUAUUUUUUAGAUCCUUUUGACUAACAGUAUGUAAUUGUUUGUUUUUUCUUUCAUGCUAACGUCCUGUCUCUUGUUUGUGUUUAUGUUUCGUGGCUGACGGACAACUUGACCAAAUGGCCUUGGAACACACAAAAUCUUCAAACAUGUUUUUCCAAGGUGGAUUUUAAAGAUGCGAUUAUUCAAUUAGAGAGUCGCUCAUUAGAGAACACGCAGCCGCCAAAGGCCCAACAGUCUCCUUGAGUUUAAUCGAGCCACACCCAAAUCUGUCAUGUUUGUGUGGACAAAGUUCUGCAGGGUUUCAGCUGGGUCUUAAAAAAGUCUCAAUACAAAUAAUCAGAUUUUUAGGCCUUUAAAAAAUUGAAUACAUUAAAAUAUAACGACUUAGGCAGGUCUUGAUUAGGUUCACUUUCAUUUAACGUUAACGCCUCUGGGUGUUGUAGUUGUUUCUCAAUGAUACAGAUAUUAGCUCGCUGUAAUAAAACUACAAGCAUAGAAGCGGUCAGAAUUAUUCUCUGUGGGAAAGACCAUGGACACGUUCUGUUGCUGCCUGUAGUUCGAGAGAUAACGUGAUGUUUCCAGGGUUUUUCUCAACCAGGCUACUUCACCUUAUCUUCAAUUAUGGCUCUGAUAUUCCUAAAUUUCAUUCAUUAUGCUCUGACAGUCUUGAAUUUAACUUGUUCAAACCUGCAGAAACCCUGUUGAUCCAUUUAAACUGUGGAUUCCUGACUGAAUUCACAUUAUCUCAACUGCACAUUGAUGAUAGUUAAAGGUUUUUAACCCUAUUUAAAUCCACUAAAUCUGGAUUUCUAUUUGGAUCCAAACCAAAUUGCACAUAGAUAUCAGUCCCCUACAUAUGCCUGAAUACUUUUCCCAUCAAGAGCCAUGAAUAUUCCCUGCAAAAAAAUUCCUGGAUCCACCCUUUUUGCAGAUUCAUGCCAAAAAAUCGUAUUUGGCCCGUUUUCCAUCCUGCCACCAAGUUCUGUGGAAAUCUGUUCCGUAGGUUUUUGUGUAAUCCUGCUAACGAACGGACAAUUAAAUAAAUGACGACAGUAUUUACUUGACAGUGAUGUACAGUUAGCGCUGUGUGUCCUCAGUAUUUGGCUGUAAUAGAUGCACUGUAUGCAGACUACUUGGUACAGCUCAGGUCUUUAAAGAAAAGAGGGAUUGCUAAUGGACAAAUCAGUAUAAAGACACUUUGAUAGGUGACAUGGGUGAAAAGCUAACGAGGCAAAGUCCUUUUAGUUUGAACAUUAUCCUGAAUUAACUCUAUACGGAAUCAACCCUCUCUGUUUCAUGCAGUAUUUAAACUUUGCUUUGCCUUGUUGACAGCACAGGAAGAAGAGAAACAUGUAUUUGUUGUCACUUAUGUUCGUGUUCAUGUGCUUUUUUUACAUCUUUGGAUUUAACUUGCCUCGUGUAAUGUUCACCUUCAACGUCUCGCAGUCAUCGUACUGGUUGGAAAUCAGUUUUUUUUGUAAUUUUUUUUAUUGACAUGACAUUCCCCUGAUAUUUUGUUAUGUUCUGGGACCUGAAGUUAUAUUUUAUUUAAACGAAAUAAAAGGAGAAAGUUAUUGAAGUUAAAGGGCAGGGCCUGGAAAUAUGUGUUUGGACUGUGGUACCAGUAUCAUGCGGUGGAUUAUAAAUCCUCCUGACAUGAGACACCAACCGUUUGGAAGUGAGGUGACACAUUUUUUUUACAGACAUUACCAAAGCAUAGUUACAGGUUUAUUUAAUUGUUUUCAAUCUGAUGUGCCUUUUGGACUCACCUGAACAGAUAGGGGGCGACAGACGUUCCCUGAUUGGGAUUAUCAAGCUAAAUCAGAACAAUAGUUCACUCCAGAGAAGUCGUUAAUGUCCCAUAAUGGCUGUUGAUUUGUUUGGUGCUUUGGGAAACUGAAAUGAAGACGAUCAAACAUUGUUUUUCAUCCUUAUUGUUCAUUUCACUGUUCAUGUCAGCGACCUCACACUGUAUGCCUCCAUCUGCUGGUUGUGUGCUGUAACAACAGCCCGUCUACUCGUGCUCAUCAUGUUGCUUUGUUUUGUUUUUUAUUUGAUUUUAUAGUUGUUGUUUUUUCAUCUGUUUUUACCUCCUUGUACUUUGUGAAAUCUGAAUCUGUUGGCUGGUCCAACGUUACAUGUUUUUUUGGACUGAUGCUGGCUGCAUGUUUCAUUAUUGUGUUUCUUUUUGUUGUGGUUGUUUUUUGUGCAUGCUGUUCUCAAUUUCAUGAAAUACAAAAAAUAAUCUUUCA